AUGAAUUGUCUGUUCGUCCUGCACUUCCUGUUGUUGCUGAGGCUUCCGGUCUUGCAAGCAAAGAGCACAGCGGGAAGUGUUCAGGGAGUGUUUGGAACUUGGAAGGAGAAGCUAAUGCUCCAAUGCACAAGUGGUUAUGGCUUGCAUAUCAUAGACUCAUCGUUCGGCAACCCGUUGUUAGCUGGAAACACGAUCUUUAAGAGCAACCGCGACGCGCCACACACGAAGCUCGUGAUUCAGCAGCAAUGCGAAAACAGAAACACAUGCCAAGUGCUCGUCGAUCCAGCAACGUUUGGCAUAUUGAAAUCAUUUGGCACAACGGAGCCAACACUCGCCGUUACUUUUGCAUGCUUGCCAUCUGGGCCGAAGGGUGUUUUAAGACAAGGCAAGUAA